CAGAAUAAAAUUGUCUUGUUCCCAAGGCUUUGUCUCAGGCUGAAUUUGUGAGCAGGUACUGUUUCUCAUAACUGGGGGCUCAUCCAGGAUCCGACACUCCGACCGUUCGACACUCAUGGGAUGACGGGGAAGGUGCGCCUCGCCGAUUUCGGCGAUCUCCAACUCCCUUGUUUGUCGUUCGCGGUUUGGGCGAGUGCAAUCCGGACUGGGAGACCCUGGAAGCAAGACGGGUAGACGCGGCGGGUCCGGUCGGGUAACUUUUGUGCACAAGACGCGGGUCAGGAAAGGUCUUAAAGAUCUGACCGGGGGAGCAGCGGUGUUUGCUGCAGGUAUUGCCACGGGGACGUACGGGAAGUACGGGAAAGAGUUGUAACGAACAGGUAGCUCCGUGCGCGGACCAAGGAAGAAGGGUCUGUUGACCCAGACACCUCCACUAGAGUUCGCAGUACAUCAGAUACGACCGGGUGAUUGGGUCUUGAUCAAAACCUGGAAAGAUACCAAACUACACCCAAGCUGGGAGGGACCGUUCCUAACCCUCCUGACUACUGAAACAGCCGUCCGAACUGCUGAAAAAGGGUGGAGUCAUCACACUCGUGUUAAGGGUCCAGUGGACGCUCCUUCCCCUCCGGCCGAGUGGCAAGCUCAUCCUACAGACAACCCUUUGAAAGUCAAACUGAACAGAAAGAAUGAACUGAACUGAUAUGAGAGACUAUUAAGUAUUGGUUAAAAUUUUUUUUUGAAUUGUAAGCGUUGCAUGAACCCACGCCUCCCGGGUACUUAAAGGGUUAGGCAAUAGACAGGUAAGGGGAAGGUUGGGAAGCUGAAAUGAGCAGGAAGCUUUAUGUUGUUACGAUAAUAUUGGCGCUAGUUGCCAAAGGGGUUGGGAAGAAUCAUUUUACCGCGUUAUGUCACAAUUAUGCUAGAGUAAUGGGGCGUACUGACUGUUGGGUAUGUGCUGUGAUCCCACACCAUGGAGAAUCUGGAAUCCCUCUCACAGUAGUCCAUUUACCAAUAGAGAGGUGUACGAGGUACAACAAUUUGAUUUGGGGUCAAAUGAUACAAAAUGGAGAUCUGAAAGGGGUGAUUAUAAAUUCGCGGGAUGGUUCCCACGACCAGCUCCAAAAACCCCGGGUGCUAUCAACGGCCUUAGGGUUUCCACACCGAAAGGAGUAGUCAAUACUGCGUGUUUCUGCAAUCAGAAUGAGAGUGCACCCUUCCAGUUAGGAAACUCAUCUUGUGUCGCCACCAGCCAAGCUACUGGCACAAAUGUACCCAACAUAUUGAAUGGGACAUAUUGGAUAUGCGGCCUAGAGGCCUAUCCCUUUAUCCCCGGGGAAAGGUACAUUCGGGUGACCGAAUGCGUAGGAAGCGUAGAAAUGCAAGAAUGUUAUGAUCUUGAUCUAACACUGCCUCAAAGUCAGAAAGGCUGGAGUGGCUGUUGCUACCUCGCCUACCUAAUUCCCCAUCUGAGGCUGUUAGAUAAAACCCCAGAAAUAACUCAGAAUGGGCAGGGAGAGAAGCGGACACCCCGAGAAUUAACCGAAGGGGAUCGCUUCCUCUGGACCUUGAUACCUAUGUAUGAGACUGCCCGAGCAGGAAGAGAAAUACAAAAGUUGGCGCCUUCCCUGGAGGAGUUGGCCAACAAUACUGCAGAUGCGUUGGCCGAGACACAACCCCAAGUGGUGGCCAUAACGACUGAAAUGAUUGCCACCAGGCUAAAGACUCUUUAGAAUGGGAUGGCUCUAGAUCGUAUUCUGGCAGAGAAAGAUGGUACCUGUGCACUAAUUGGGGAAGAGUGUUGUACAUACAUACCUGAUGCUUCCCAUAACAUUCUGGUAAUGGGGGAGUUGGGGAUUAGCUGGUUGGGGAAAGUGGUUGGUUAAUUUGGCCAUCUAUGGAUUAUUGAUAUUAGUAGGUCUAGUGGUGGGGUUUAAUGUCCUCAAAUGGAUACUGAACCGAUUAAUGACAUCUCUAGGGGAAUGAACCCUAGUACAUCACCAGAUGCUUUUACAAUCAUCAGAUGGUAUGCAACAAACAGAAAGUCAAAGAAUGCUUCUAGAGUUCGAAAAACGAACAUCACAAAGAGUGAUUUGAGGGCUAACCGUGUACAAGAUUGUGAACCUCAAUGCCAGCAAGCGUAAGAUGGCAGAAAAUGGGAAAAUGAAUUUAAAAAAAGGGGGCUUAAUUAGUGCAGAAACAACAGUUUGAGAAAAAGAAAAAGGGGGAAUUGUGAGAGAUUAGAAUUGUUGUUUCUGCAGAUAAGGAUGAAUGGUGGGGUCUUGCAAAAGUAGACCAUUAUGGCCACAAGAUUUUAUAGCAGAAAGUCACAAGAUUUUGUAGCAGAAGUUUAUCAUUAACCAGAGAUUAGGUUCUGCAAAGAUGGCAGUUAGCACGACCAGAAACAUUCUUUCUGCAGACAAGGACAUGGUAGAGAUAAGGGUGUUGUAGCAGAGGCUUAUUUCUGCAAACCCGACGAUUCGCACGUACAGCAUGUCUAGUGCUCUUUAGGAUAGCCAAAUAAGGAUUGCAGUAAAAAAAACAGAAUGGGGCCUUCGGCCGGCAGAAAAGGGAACAAUAAACAAGCGCUGUCCGACAGGACGGGGAAUGAUAGGAUAAGACCAAUGGGAGCAGGGAGACAUGAUUCUGCAACUCGUAAAUUGUAUAAGAAUGUUUAACAUUCUUUGUAGGGUGUGCCUGUCUAGCAGACACCCUUUCUUGCAAGAUCAUACAGAAUAAAAUAAUCUUG